UCCACCACCUCCUCGUUGUCCUCCUCCUCCCGGGGCAGCACCGGCCCGGCGUCCCGGCCGCGGCGGCGGCAUGGACAAGGACGGCCUGAGCCGGGCUGACCAGCAGUACGAGUGCGUGGCGGAGAUCGGCGAGGGUGCCUACGGGAAGGUGUUCAAGGCCCGGGACCUGAAGAACGGAGGCCGUUUCGUGGCGCUCAAGCGCGUGCGGGUACAGACCGGGGAGGAGGGCAUGCCGCUCUCCACGAUCCGCGAGGUGGCGGUCUUGAGGCACCUGGAGACCUUCGAGCACCCCAACGUGGUCAGGCUGUUUGAUGUGUGCACAGUCUCACGGACAGACAGAGAAACCAAGCUCACGCUAGUGUUUGAACAUGUUGAUCAAGACUUGACCACCUAUUUGGAUAAAGUUCCAGACCCAGGAGUACCCACGGAAACAAUCAAGGACAUGAUGUUUCAGCUGCUCCGAGGUCUGGAUUUUCUUCAUUCGCACCGAGUAGUACACCGGGAUCUGAAACCACAGAAUAUUCUUGUCACCAGCAAUGGACAGAUUAAACUGGCUGAUUUUGGCCUUGCACGGAUCUACAGUUUUCAAAUGGCUCUAACCUCAGUGGUGGUUACUUUGUGGUACAGAGCACCUGAAGUCUUGCUUCAGUCCAGUUACGCCACACCAGUGGACCUAUGGAGUGUUGGCUGCAUAUUCGCAGAAAUGUUUCGUCGAAAGCCUCUUUUUCGUGGAAGUUCAGAUGUUGAUCAACUAGGAAAAAUCUUGGACGUCAUCGGACUUCCAGGUGAGGAAGACUGGCCAAACGACGUGGCCCUUCCCAGGCAGGCCUUUAAUGCGAAAUCUCCCCAACCAAUUGAAAAGUUUGUAACAGACAUUGAUGAGCUAGGCAAAGACUUACUUAUGAAGUGCUUGACAUUCAACCCAGCAAAAAGAAUCUCGGCUUGUGGUGCAUUGUCUCACCCAUAUUUCCAUGAUGUAGAGAAGCCUCAUGAGAAUGUGGACCCUCGGACAUCCCCCAGCCAAAGCAGCAGUGAGGGGAAGAGUGCUUGAGGUGAUCGAUCAGUGCUCCCUGGAGCUGAACUCAUGAUUGAAGGGCAGUCCCCUGCAGGAGGCAGAGCAGGCCGCUAAUCGCAUCUGGGCUUCUGGAGGGUCUUCCUCUUUCUUCUGGAUGGUGAUCUGUUUGUCCUGGGAAACCAGCUGAGUUUACUGUUUCCGAAUCAAUGCAAAAACGAUUUUGAGCUUGAUGUUCAUGUGUCUGUUCGUUUGUUUGUUUGUUCAUUUGAAAUACCUGGAAAAACAAGACAAAAACAAAAACAAAAAAAAAGGCAAAAACAAAAAAAACAGUUCCAGAUGAAGAGAAGCUGCUGACCAAUUUUGCUGCCGUUUCUUUUGUCCAACAUCAAAUGCUGCCAGAGUGAAGUAGGAAUGAUCCAGUCACUGCCGACUUAAGAUGUAAUCUCUCUAUAGCUGCUGAAGCCUAAUUUGGUACUCUUGAGUGUGUGUGCGUGUGUGUGUGUGUGUGUGUGUGUAUGCGUGUGCACGUGUGUGCGUACGAGAGUGCGUGCUUUUGUGAUCUCUUAAAGUGUUAUUUUUUUAACUACAUAGAAUAAUUGAAUUUUUAGAGGCUGAAGGGAAUGAGAUAAAGAUACAUCUAUUGACUGAAGAGAUAAUAACCGGAAUUAGGGCUUUCCCAAUGAGAAAUUUUGGCCUAUGUUGACAUCUCCUUUCUGUCUAAAAUGCAGUAAGUUUACAAAGAGUGAACAAUGUUUAUUACUACCUAGGCAAAAGUGGAUGCACACUGAAAAAUUCAUCCCUGCCUUUCCAGCCCACUAAGAGUAUCUUUAAGGGAAGUAUUUAUAUCUUCUGGCCUCUUUGGAAAGCAUAUUUUAUUCGAUGCAAAUCUCUUUUGAUUGUACAACAUAAUUAUUUUUCUCUCAAAACAGGGCCCCAAAAUCAUCUCCCUACCUAUUGACUUCAGGGAAUACCCCUCCCAAAAACAAACAAAAAAAGUAAAUGAAAAUGGUUUUUAAAAAAGAGAGAGAGAGAGAGAGAGCCUUUUUUUUUCUGGUUUGCAACUUUUAAACUUUUUUUUAAGGCCUCUAUUUUUAAAGCAUUUCCUCUUUUAGUUGAGAGAAUCCUUUUCUAGCUGGUUACAGGAAUGCCCUAAUCAUUAUCUCUACAUGUUAACACUGUACUUUCUAUAAUGCACUGCCUUACUCGCAAAAUGUGUACUGCAUAUUACCUCUUAGUGCCUAAGUACAUUAUUGCCAGCUGGUCCCUAAUAUCAUGUGUCAGACAGACAUCUCAUGUUGAUGGAGUAAGAUUGUAAAAGUUCAUCACCCUAACUCUGCAACUUUAUUCAGGCCUCAGGGGUCUUCCCUUUCAAGGACCAUAACCAUCAUGGUCCUGUGCUUUUGUAGCUUAAGGAGACGAGUCAAGUGCACAUGUCCCUCCAUGUCACCAAAAGAAAAAUUUACAAACCUAUAGAAAAGAGGGCUUGAAGCUAUAACUUAGUAUUUUUACUUUGUUAAUAAAAUCCAUUUUCAAUAUAGCAUUUGUCUUUUUUAAAGAGGGCAAAAAAAACGCCCCAGUAACUUUUAGCUACUUUUCAGGAAUAGGUUUCUACUCUAUAAAAGCAAAUAUUGGGGGGGGGGGUCCCAUUACCUAGACCAUCUUUCCUUCCUGUUUCCUCUUGCUCUUCGUUUGGAGUAGGGGCACUCAGCCUACUCCUGAUUCCCAGGUUGUCAAUCCCCCGCUACAAAUGGAGAUUUUCGUUUUGUGGCUGGUUCUGUUUUUUACUGCUUUUUCGUGAUCCUCCACUUCGAACUUAGCUAUAGCUGCUUUCACGACCAUGCUCCCCCUCAAUCCUCUGCUCACACACACUGUCCUUUCCAGUGACUAAUGUCUGAAUAGCAAGAACAUGGCUGACCAGAUGUCUUUGGAGAAAUAAGGUAGAUUGUCACCUUUGCCACUAGACCCCUAUGCUGAACAUCCACAUCAGUGAAGAUUAUGUUCAGAGGCAGAAUUAUUAAGGAAUGGAUGAAUACGACCCUGAGUCAGACUAAAAAACAUCACAUCUGCUCUGAUGCCUUAGAAAGCAUUAUGGUAUUCUUAAGAACUAACAAUAAACAGCUUUGUGGGUUGUGCAAAUACAUCAAAGUAUAGAAAAAGUAAAGGACAUCUAAGCGUGGGAAGUAGCUUUUUAAAACAAAAAUACAUAUUGGUUUGCUUCAGUGACAUAAAAUAUGGAAAUUCUCCUUUGAAAUAAAGUGGGGAGUCAUCUAAGAGAAACAUUUCUUAUGUUUUUCAAUAUUUCAACAUCAGUGACUGGGUUUUUGGCGGUUGGCAGUAAUCCUUGAAAUAGAAUUAUCCUGAAGGUGGUUUAGAUAAUACCAAAUAUCACCAAGUGUGAGAAUUUUGUUUUACUUUGGGGCACUUAGUUAAAACAGAAAGCAGGGCCUGUUUUGUCACAUUACAAACUCGGAUUAGAGAAUCUCUUUCCUUGCUACGACCUGAGCUUUGAAAUCAGCCUCCCUCUAGUCAUCACUGAGACAGAAGUUUGAGUCAUGGCGUUAGCAUGAGAAAAACACAGGUGUGCUAUGCUAGGAUGUUCUAGAACUCUUGUGCUUGGGUUUUGUUUCUUAAUUGGCUUAGGAAGUUCACUUUUCCUUUCUAGCAUUUACCACUGACUUCAUUUUUGAGUUUGUAAUGAGAAGAUUUUUAAAAACGCAUAUUUUGGCCCAACAUCCUUUACAAAAUUAGACCCAAAUAACACAAAAUAAGAUAAAGCAGUUCACCUUCUUGUGUUAUCCCAUCAGUUGGAGAUUUAUUUCUUAUCUCUUCUGUUCAUUGGUGUAUUGGGCUAGCAUAUUUUAACAAAACUUUCUCAUUUUUGUGCUUAUGGUAGUGACUUCUUGUGCUUGCCAUUUUCCGAUUGAAGAUCCACACCAGGCCCCAUUUCCUUGAAGGAGAGCUUUGCCUAAGCCCUCCAGAAAAGCUCAUUGGCGUUUUUAGUUAUUAGUUAGUCUGGAAAACAUUGUUUCUUAGAAUUUUCCUAAUGCUAAGAAGCCAGGGACAUCUAGGAACUCAAAAUGCCCCUUAAAUCUUACCUAAAACCCAUGUAACAAAUUAGAAAUACAUCAUAGAUUUGAAACUAAGUGUGAAGACUGUUGUUGGCCUGGUGAAGGAAGGUACACAAUGUUUCCCAUGUUACAAUGGAAGGGAACUAUCUAAAGCUUUAUACUGGGAAGCUACUGGCUUUUGCAAAAAGCUUGUUAUAAAGAAAAGAUGAAGAAAAACUGGAUAGGGUAGUUUUAUGGUUAGUCCAGGAAAAUUAGAGUAAACCAAAAUCUGGCCAGUCUUGCCUCAAGAAAACAGGUUCACAGGAAACUAAGGCAAAUUGGGUUGGAUUCUCUCAUUUUACUUCUCCUCUGAAGUCAACAGGAACUCAGCAUUCAAGAAAGGAAUAUUGUGGGCAGACUCAGCCCCCUCUCCUCUCUUAGUUUCCUCUUCACAAGCAUAAGUCUUGGUUUUCAGGCCUUUAAGCCCCAGGUGGCUCUUACCAGAAGAGAUCAAAAUUGUUCAACUUAAGAAUAGCAUCUCGGCAUCUUGUUAUCUUGUAGGAGGUACCCUAUUCAAUAGCCCUGGUAUUAAAAAAAAACUACAGAAUUACAAGGGGAGCAGUCCAUGUUUUAUCUUGUUUGAUUGUUCAUUUUUUUAAUUGAGGACUUGCUUUUCGGUUUGUGAUACAAAUACAUCAGUACCUUGCUAGGGAAACUUUUAGACACACCAGAUAUUUUUCUUUUUAAAUUAUGUAUUUAGCAUUAUUGUGCUUGGUUACACACUGUGGACCUUCCUUCCACUCCUGUAAAUGUUUUAUGUGGGUCCUAGAAGUGCCAGUAUUAGCGAACCCCAUUCCAUUAUGGAAACAAAAUCAUGUAAAACUUUUUAACAACAUAAUAUACAUGAGAAUUCAGCUUACCAAAGAAUGCAUUAUUUCCUUUCCCUUCUUGGAAGACUCAAGUAUUUUUGUUUCAGACAUACCAGACUGCAUAUCUUCUGUUUCUCUCAGAAGUGUAGCAGUUGAGGUCAGGUCGAGUAUAUCAAAACCCAGAAACUAUUGAAUUGUUUGAUGAAGCAUUGUUAGCCAGUUUGGCUCAUUGUUUUUCACUGAAAGAAUUAGUCUUAGAAAAAAAAGUCAUUCUAGAAUCUUAGAUACUAAAGGAUUUUCAGAAGAGUGGAAAACUUUAGAUUUUGAGAGAUAAAUAAGAUGUCAUUUGUUUAAACACCUUUUGUAAAAAUGAGUUAUUAAAACAAUGGAGAAGGUUAGAGGAAGUUCAGAAGAAAUUGUCUAAAGGAGAAUGGCUUAGAGGCCAUGUUUGUAUCAAAGAAUGCAUACUAUAAACAAAUACUUUGUAAGACUACAUUAAAAUUCUGAUGGCAACCCUAAAUUUAGUAUAAUCCAAAGAACCCUUCAUGGAGCAACUGAUCCUAGGUUCCAGAAUGUUCAAUUUUUAUCAUAGUUAUCUUCAUUGCUUAGUUGAGUAAAAUGAGUCAGCUUGUAAUUUCAUGCUCCCCACCCCCAAAAAAAGUUCAAACUAAGCUUGUGGCUCAUAAUUUAAAAUGUUAAUUGUGGGGUGGAACAACAGGCCCAUGAGGGGAAAAAAAGAUGUUUUGUCCUACAUACCACUCAGUCGAAAAUCAGAAACCUUUCCAUUACUCAUCAUAUAUAAUUGAAACCUACCAGAGCAUUGAAGCCAUUGUAUUAAUGAAGUUAACUCAUCCCCCAAAACCCACAUCACAUUUUGAAUAUGGAAAGCCUUUAGCAGCUCUGAAGAAGCAACAUCUUCAGUAGACCAACAGUAAUUAGGUUUCUUAUUAAAAGAGCAAGAAAAUAAUGACCAUUUUCAAAAUGGAAUGUUCCAUUUGCUUACCCAUGUUCUUGUUCAACAAGAAGUCAUCCAUGCUAUGGUAGAUUUUUCAACCCUUGUUAGCUUAGAUCUAUAUCUAGGGCUAACUGGUUGGUAUAUAUACUACAAAAAUAAUAAAAUUAAUAAAACUCCUGCAUCUUUGGCAAAUUGUGUAAACAGUAGGAAUUAGGACAGAGGAAUCAGACUUAAAUAGCAUUAUUUCCUCUCAGUCCAAUUUGAAUUCUUAGGCUCCUCAUUCAACUUUUCAACAGAGUUUUCUUUUUAUUCCCUUUCAGUGAAUUCAAGGAGGAAAAAAUUAAUGGAAUUGCAUCAACACACUAAUAUUUUUUCUUGAGUCUACUGUUCUUAGGAGCUGUGAACCUAAAUGGCAACUGAAACUCCAUCCCAGAGUGUCUUUAGAACUUUAUGUGUUUAUGUGAUUUUGAAUAGUCUGUAAUUUCCUUGGUGUGGACACAUUCUAGUCUGCUCCUUCUAAUCUUGACUCUCCAUUCUUCCCUUAAACUCAAUCAACAUGUCUUCUAUGUUGUUAUUAGACACAAAUCAUCACUGGCAACCUUCAGCAGCUGAAUUAUGGCCACCAUUAAUUAAUGAUAAUUAAGUUAUCAUCUUAAUUCCUUAGUGAUCACAGUAUUCUGUGAUUCAGAACCAUCCAGAACUGGUAGGAGAAUAUUAAUAUAACCUUUGUGAUUUUGAAGAGAGCAUGGGGGUAUGAAAGGGAAGGGAAAAUGUUCUUGUUUUGUUAACUAUAGUCUGACACCAAGAGAUAUGACAUUAUGCAUUUUGUUCUAGCAUAUUCUCCAACAUGUCACUUUGGUAAAAAAAAUCUGGGAAAUUCUAAGGCUGUAAAUAAGCUUUUAAAUACUAUCCCUUGUUCUGAUCCUGGUUUCAUUUAAUUUUUAUCUGGUGCUUGUUUUACAAGAUGAAUAAAAUGUUUGAAAUCACCCAGAAAUGGGUGAGGAGUUCUCAAUUACUUGUAUAAAUAUAAAUUACACUUCAAAUAUUCCUGCUUUGGUCAUUUAAGAGAGAGACCCUCAAAGUCAUCUCCAUAACUAAUAAAAGGAGCAGCUCCCCUCAACAUAAGUCUUAAUUUUGAUGAUAAUGUAGCAUUCUUCCCAUCGAUCUCAAGGAGAGAGAUGCAACUCAAAUUCAGUACUUUCAUUCUUUGAUGUCAGAUAGCUGCAUUUUUCCAUGAAGAUACAUCACCCUAAAGAAAUAGGGACAUAUGCAUGAGCAGAUCAUGCAACAAGGCAAUACAGAAAGCCAUUUUCUUUGGCAUCAAUGUCCCACAUGAGAGAGAGCCUUCAAAUGUGAUGGACAAUAAACAAUUUUUUCAUUGUAAUAUUAGCUCCAAUUGGAAUGUACAGAACUAGGGAGAAAUAUGAGAUGGUUAGUUAUCUAAUUUAUAAUAUGUGAACAUUACAAAUUAGGAAUUUCUCUACUUUGACAUAUACUGGUUCUGUUACCCUACAGGGUCAUUUCUCUUAUGUCCCCAAGAAACCCUCUAAGACUUUUUUUUUUUUUUACGGGGCAAUGGGGGUUAAAUGACUUGCCCAGGGUCACACGGCUAGUACAUCCCAAGUGUCUGAGGCCGGAUUUGAACUCAGGUACUCCUGAAUCCAGGGCCAGUGCUUUAUCCACUGCGCCACCUAGCCACCCCCCCUCUAAGACUUUUAAGUUAUGAAACUGCCACUAAUGUGUAUAAGCAGAGGGGAAAUCUUCCUAAGAGCGCUUAAGCACAUGGAUGAAAUCACAGAUUCUAGAUUGUAGUGGAUCAGUGAUUCAUAUAUAUGUGAUUUAUAGGUAGGUAGUUACAUACAUAUAUGGUAUGUUAUAUGCAUUAGAUGUGUGUAUGGUUCCUUUUUCCCAAAUUGUACCUGAGUAUAUAAUUUUGUAAGUGAAUUUUUUUGAGAAAAAAAAAGUUAUUUUUUUAUUUGACUUUAGAGCAAAACAAUAACUUAGGACUGGCACAAAAAGCCAAUAUGGCACAUAGGGUACCCUAAUAUGUACAUUAUGGUACAUAUUUGUUUAUCUUUCCCAGCAAAAUCAAUUUAAGCAGAAAAGCAAUUAUAUUGACUUUCAGGAUUGCUGGUCCUAAACUUGGAACAUGACCCAGUUAAAAGCAAUUUUUUGUUUGGUUACCUUUAUAGGACUAAAAAUAAGGUAAUUCCUUUUUAAUAUUCCUUGGGAAGCAUUAUAGAUAUGCCUUCUUUUCAAGUGUGAUCUUCCAUAGAUGACAGACUUAGAGGAUUUUUUAAAAUCCACCAUACUGUAGCAGAUUUCAAGAUUUAGUCCCAGAAUGAAAGACCAAGGGAAAAUCUAUCUCUAGCUUGUCCUAAGGGGGCCAGAAAGAAGUCUAGACCAGUUGAGAGUAUCCAAAAGUGGCUGAUAGCUUUUUACGAUUCAUUCUUUGUUGGUGCUCAUCCUUCAUUCUUGAAGAGGACCAUGACAUCAGGAAUGAAUUGGAUUUAAGUGAGGGAGGGCUGUGCAAAGUCACCAGCCUCACUGUCCUCCAAAGCCUUCUGGGUCCAUGGGCAAAAUAUACAUCAGGACAAUGGGAGAUGGCCAACCUGGGCAACCAGGGUUAAAUGACUUGCCCAGGGUCACACAGCUAGUAAGUGUCAGGCAUUUGAGGCCAGAUUUGAACUUGGGUAUUCCUGACUCCAGAACCAGUGCUCCAUCCACUGGACCACCUAGCUGCCUCAAGAUGUAUUUAUUGGCCAUCUCAGUGGAGAAAUCAGUGACUGGGCCUGACUAGAAAAUAGACCUCCCUCCCAUUCAUCUAUUUAAAUGAAGUCUGUCCUGAGCAAGAUACCAUGGGCACUGUUUCUGCCUGGAAAGCAAUUAUUGGACAAUGUUUAGGAAGGAAAAGCUUAUUGAAUGGUGUUUACGAAAGAAAGCCCUCCCUAGAAUGCAAAGAGUAUCUCCACAAAAUGUAUAUAAAGAUUAUUUUGAAAAGGUGUGGUUACUGCAACUCUGCCCAAGGUUUGUUAGUCUGGGAACAGCAAGUCUACAAACUGAGCUUGCUUCGCCCUCCCCCUCCCCCCCAAGAGAAAAUGGCUAAUUAUAGGAAAGUUAGAUUUCUUUUCACCUUUCUGUAUUUAGAUGACUCUUGUUUAACUAAAAAAGACGGACCCAGAAGAGUCAUUCACAAAUCAUCUUUGUUUCUGCUUACUCCUUAACUCGCUGGAUAACAAGUGAAUUUUGUAUUUCUUUUCUCUCUCCAUCUCUGUCCAGUAAUUAAUGAUCUGUAAAUGAAUGCUUAACUACCCUGGCAUAUUCCUAUUCCUAUAUACCUGAACUUUGUGGUAAAGCACCAAGGGAGGGUUCACAUUGUUUGAUAAGUAGAUUUUCUUCUUCUUUUUCUUUUUUUUAGUGAGGCAAUUGGGGUUAAGUGACUUGCCCAGGGUCACACAGCUAGUAAGUGUCAAGUGUCUGAGGGUGGAUUUGAACUCAGGUCCUCCUGAAUCCAGGGCUGGUGCUCUGUCCACUGUGCCAUCUAGCUGCCCCGAUAAGUAGAUUUUCUUAAAAGAGCCCACCAUUAUUUCAUUUCUUCUAAAUUCUCCAGUUGUUUUUUCUGCAGUAUCCCUAUAUGAUCUUAGGUGAAUGUUCUGAAGAUCCUCUUUGAGCCCUUUGUGUGUUUGAAGGCCCCUAGUCCUUUAAAAAUAUUCACUGUGUUACCAGAAGUGUCAAUAUUUCAGCGAUCCCAAAGCACUUUGAAUUUGACUUGGCAUUUCAAAAUAAGACCUAGCUCCCUGGGUCACAAUUUAGCAAUGUUCACAUGGCUCGUACUCCUGAAUCCAUCCCAGAUUCCAUUUCCUUUCUUGAACCUGUGUUUGUGAUGAUGGAUAUCCAUAUAUAGCAAUAGUCUUUUACUUGUAUAUAUUCGUGCAUUUUGCUAUAAUGAGUAACAAGUGUCCUAGUGGAUCCAUAGAACUCAAAAUACCAACUGCCCACCUGUGGAGAAUAUUUUCUAAAAGCUGUUCAGUUUUCAAAAAGGUAUUUCUACUAUCACUCUGUUAUUUAUUUCUGGAUUAUACUUGUCAUGUAAAAACACAGCUGGCAACAGAAAAUCUUAAAUCUUUCUGUUUUAUACUUCAUAUGCAUUCAAUGUUAAUUACCAUUGUCAAAGGGGCACCUGAUCAAGAUGGAAAGAACUUAGAACCAAGUGCCUGAAUAAGCUGCAUACCUUUGCAUUAAAUAAGUAAAAUGGACUUGGUUUGAAUAGAGUAUUUUAUAUGUGGGUUUCCUUUCUCAGAUAGGAAAAGGAAUUCACAAAAAGGACUUUGAAAUGUUUUUUGCUGUCAACUUUACAUAUAGCAUAAUGUUGUUGUUUUUUAAAGUCAAAAAACAAAAACUGAAGUUAGAAAACCAUCCCAGGUGCUGCCUUAAUUUAGGAGCUGCCCUAGAUAGAUUGCCAUCGAGAAAAUGUCAAUCGGGGACAGAUGCUUAAGUUGGUGCCUUAGUUUGCCUGGGUUUGUGGGAAGAGCCUUCAGAAUCAUAAGUGCCCUCGUAUGUGUUCGUGGAAACAGAUAAUACUGUUGACUGGGUGAGACGAUUACAGAAAGAGUUUCCAUAUGUGAUAGGUGUUGUGUCUUAGGGUUUCUAGAAUGUUUCAGACAACAGAUGGUCUAAGUUUCAAGGUCUCAGAGAACUCAGAUUUGUACAGAAGUAGUUUUCUUUGGUUAUUAAGAAGAAAAAGAUUGCAAGUGGAAUGAUGUUCAACCAGAACUUGGCAACUAGUAAUACCCAACAUUUCAGUAACUUGAGAGAUUUCUAGCAUUUAAUUUUUGAUCUAAAGGUUUGAAAAGCAUGCUUUUUAGUUUAGAAAUACAGUAUGUGAUGAGAAGCACAAUAUUGGUACCCAUGAGAGUACCAGCACUAGAGAUUUUUAUAGGAUAUUUGUUCUGAGAUGUGUAGAAAUACAUUUAUACUGUAAAAUAUAUUUGGGGUUUGGGUUGUUUUGUUUUUACAAUUCCACAAGGCAUAAUCAAAACUAUUUUUUCAGGGUUACAAUACUGUAGGUCACACACAGUAAGCUUAUUUUUUUUCAAUGUAUUCUUAUCAUAGAUGAUAUUGUAAAUGUUGAAAAAAAUUCUGGGAUUAUACACUUGAAUCAUUGGUUUCUGUGUUUGAAAUUGAAGUUACUCUGGUGAUGUCUAGGGCAGGGGUCCUGCAUGCCAGAAGAGACUUCUCUAAUCCCCUGCCUGACCCGCUGCUUGGCCGCUGCUGACCACACUGCCAGUCUAGCAGUUCUGUGUCUCUUUCUCCAUCUGUUCCUGCCACUAAUCUGGGCAUCCUUCAUGCCCCUUUCCUGUGCUUCUCACCAUUGUCCUGGGCUGCCCACAGACCUAGCUCUUCCUUAUUUACUUCUGCCCCUGCUCAGGUAGCAGGGGCCCAGUUAAGAGGUGCUUUUGAUACCAUUCUGUGGACAUGCUUUUGUAUUUCCUCAUGACCCUCUGACCUUGCACAACAAUCCAAAGGUUCCCAGUGCUUGGUCCAAGAUAAAUGAAUCUAAGGUUGAUAAUGUACUCCAAUGACUUUCCCACAUCUUACAUCUAAAAUCAAAUUAUUUUAUAAAAAUGUCCCGUUUAACUUUUGCAACAAGAUGAAGAAUUCCCUAGGAGUGCAAACCGUACAUUCCAGGCUGCUUUUUCUACCAAUUCACAGGCCAUCCUUUCACCAUAUUUCUUCAUACUUGAAAUUCAUUCUGCUAUUUUAAUAUCAGGGUGCAAACAUGUUAAAGGUGCGUGUAUUACUGUUCCUUCAAAAGGUGCAUAAUUUUUUUCAUUCAAUGUGCUUAAUAACUGCUAUUAAAUGGCUCUAUUUUUGGUGCUUUUGGUUUAGCUGUUUAAAAAAAAAGGUGCAUGAAGAUGCCUUGCCUGGAACAUAACUUUACUCUAGACUUAGCUGUUUUAUCAUUUUCUUAUGCUGACUUAUCUCUUCUCUGUCCCUGGGUACAAAAAUGUGGAAUGAGGAGCCCUUCCCAGGAAGCUCUAGCAUCAGGACCACCACGGUGCCUUCUUGGCCUAUUGCAGGAGGUAGUUCUCUUCCAUGCUAAGCAUGGGUCCAGCAUUGAUUUGGGGAAGCCCUUCCCCUCAUGCAUAGCUGAGCUGUAUAAUCCUUCUAGAUAGAAUGGCCCAGGCCACAGAUGGGAAGGGGUGGAGUAGCAAAGAGCUAUUACCGUGACAUUCCCCUUUCUGGGCUCUUUACCUUGGACAGCUCCUAGGAGGGGAAGUAAUUUUCUCUUUGAAAGAACAUUCCUUCCUUAUAGGAGCCCAAGUGGAAAGUUCUAGAUUUUCCUCCUCUAGGCAUUUGGAGAUAUAUCAGCUUAUCUAAGGGCUUCUGGCCUGGAAGGAAAGAGAAGAGAUGGCAUUUAUUGUUCAAUGGAAUGUAAUACCCAAGAGCUACAGAGAGCAAACUGUAGUAUAUAAAACAGUACACCCUCAUAUAAAUCUUGAUGUUUCAAAAUCAACCUCGAAGUUUGGGUUUCUUUACCUGGUUUUUAUCAAGAUCUGUGAUCUAAUAGACCCUUUCUAGCAUGCGCUUUACUAUAAGGGAUUCAUCGUUUCAUUUCUCUAAGAACAGUUUAUGGAGAGAGGAGAAAAAGGACUGUAGGAGUGGCCACAUAUUAGCGAUCACAAAUGUUGAAAGGGCAGAAAAAAGUACAAAGGGUCACAGAUAUGGGAUUAGAUGAGACUUUAUUUUAUCAGAGAAGUAAGUAGUCCUUUAGAACUGGAUGUCUUACUGCUGGCAGUGCUAGAAAGCCAAGUUAUGUAUUUAUUGUCAAAUGAUGAGGUUCAUUGUUUUUUUUUUUAAUCAAUAUUGGAAUGUCAUUGUCAGAUUAAUGUUUUCAGUUAUGCACAAGGUAAUUUGAAAUAAAAAAGAGUAGUUUGUUUAUUUAUCAACCCAUACUUACAGUUUCUUUCAAUAAAAGUACCAAUAGCAAAUAAAAAUAACAAAAAACAGCAAAAUUUUUAAACUGCUUUCUCAGAGAUCCGCUGUCUUAACUAUAUUUUUCUUUUAUCUUGAUGUAAGAUGAAUACAGUCGCAGUAAGUACUGAAUAAAUACAAAUUUU